CGUGACUGGGCAGCAGGGACUAUGCAUUUGGGACUGGUGGUGCUGGCAGUGGUCUUCCUCAGCUCCAUGGGUCACGGCGAUAACCUCAAGGCCUUCAAAGCAAGAAGACAGAGACGGAUAAGCACUGAAGUGCCACCAUCAUGCUCAAAUGGCUGCGAACACUGCUCAGAGUACAACGGCUGUCUUAAAUGUCGACCCCGACUCUUCAUCCUACUGGAGCGGAACGACAUCCGUCAGAUUGGCAUUUGCCUCGCUGCCUGUCCUGUUGGAUAUUAUGGCAUUCGAAAUCGGGAUAUGAACAAAUGCACACAAUGUAAAAUAGAAAACUGUGAGGCAUGUUUUAGCCGAAACUUUUGCACAAAAUGUAAGGAGGGCCUGUACUCGCACAGAGGGAGGUGUUUCUCUAGCUGUCCUGAAGGAUUCACCGUCAAUGGGACCAUGGAGUGUGUAGUCCAAUGUGAUCUAAGCGAGUGGAGUCUAUGGGGCCCUUGCAUGAAGAAGAACAAAACAUGUGGCUUUAAAAAGGGCAACCAGACCCGUACCAGGGAGCCCGUACAGAUUCCAAGUCCUGCCACUUCCACAGGGGCCGCGCCGCCCUCGGGCUGCGUCCCAGAGACACAAACCCAGAGAUGUACCGUGCAGAAAAAGAUCCCUUGCAAAGGGGAAAAUAAGAAGAACUCACAGAAAAAUGGAGAGAAAAAUGGCAAGAACCGUGGACGAGACUCCAAGGAAAGUGGCAAAAAGAAAAAAAAGACCCCAAACCGGUCCACCACUGUCCCCACCAUUACAACGAGCAUGGUAACCUAACCUUAUCAUGGGGUCAGGUGAGCCUGAGAAAGGAGAAGGCCUGGCCCACCUUUGUUGGCUAAAGACAAACAGUAUUUGAUUGUGACAUCAAAAUUAUGCAAAGAAAAAAAAAAGGAAUAACGCUGCUACACGUAAAACAUGCUCAAUGAGAACUGGAGGAUUGCUGUACUAAAUAAUGAACUGUGUAAACUGAGUAAAGCUUGGGGGAUCCGAGGAGCUGGGUUGCUUAGUCUCAUGCUAUUUGGAAGCACCCAGAAAGACUGUGCGUGUGCAGGGUCAUCUUUUUGUAAGCCUUCCCACAGGAAACAACAUUGUUUGUGGUUGGCAAAACGGUCCAUAUGUUUCUCUUUAGACCUAUCAGAAAGGAUUCUGAACUAUAGAAGACACUGCAAAUCCCCACCGUCCAAAAAGAACAUCUAAAAUACAUUAGAAACUCUUUCUAUUCACCUAAUCCAGCUGUUAUCACAUUCUGUUUGUCCAGAGUUGGAUCUCCUUACGUUCGUGACAGGUAUACAGUCUUGAGUCUGUGUCGGAGUGAAAAGUAUUUUUUUAAGUGCUUUUUUUAUGUUUUCUUUUUCUUUCUGUUGUUUAUAACAAAAGAAGGCACUGGAGCUGAUAUUGUGGUUUACAGAGAGAAUGUGGAGAAAGAAGAACUUUAAUGAUGAUGAAACUAUCCAAACAUGAAGAAACGCACUUAUAACUUACAACCGGUAGAGCGGUUUUACUUGUUUUAGUGUAAAAUAAGUAUUUUGUUUAGGGGAAAAUAAUUACAAUAUUUUCUGCACAGAUGAAGGCAGCGAUAAUAUGAGGAAUGUACAGUGUUUAAGUAUGUGUAUGAAAGAUGAAAGAUUGUGUGCGUGUGUCAGAUUUUGUGUUUUUGAAUCUGUGUUCUUGUGUGCACCUUUAUGUUGUAAAGCAAGGAGAAGAGAGAGGUCAACAGUACAUUUCUUGUGACCAAACCAGUACAAUGCUUAAGCAGCAUUGAUUAUAUGCUUUAUAGGGUUUUCAUUGCUCAGUUAUCAUAUUUGCAACAGGUUCAAUAUAUCACAUAAUUCAUAAUGCUUUGCAACAUUUAGUAUCAGUAUCAGAGGAAGGAAUGCUGUACAUCCUACAGUUAUUUAAAUGUAGCAUCCAGUCACACUUAGUCUGUUUGAUUACCACAGCAUCUUGACCAUGGGCUGCAAAAAA